CCAAGAACAAGCAACAUGGCUUUCUCAAAAGUAUUUCAAGUGAUCCUUCUAUCUGUCGUUGGGAUUACCUAUGCCGUGGACUAUUGUGCUCUACCAACUUGCCUGGACAAACAUAUAGCCUGCAACAACAAGGGAAACUUCAGUGAGAACUGCCCCAAGGAUGUGCGAGAAAUAAAGAUCGAGCCUCAUCACAAACUGAUUCUCACCCUUUUCAACGAACUGCGCAACAAUGUGGCUGGAGGAAAAGUCGAAGGCUUACCCAAGGCUGUCCGCAUGGCUAAGAUGUCCUGGUGCGAGGAGCUUUCCCACCUGGCGCUUCUUAACGUGAAGACUUGUGAAUCCUUGCCAGACAAGUGCCGCAGCACGGAGAGAUUUGCUUACGCCGGCCAGAACAACGCUAUAUUUAGUUACAGUGGAGCCGAGACUGAGUACACCGAUGCCGAGAUUGUAAAGGAGCAGAUUGAGAACUGGUUUGCUGAGCGCCUAAAUGCCUCCCCCGAGAUCUUGGCCAGCUUCCCCGAGGACUUGCCCAAUAAGGGAGUGGCCAAGUUCACCAUAGCCGUGGCUGAGAAAAACACCCAUGUGGGUUGUGCCGCCGUGCGCUUCUCUCGCGACUUCUACAACCACUUUGUGCUCACCUGCAACUUUGCCACCUCGAACAUUGCCGGCCAGCCGGUUUACACUCCUGGAGAGAAGGCUACCACUGGGUGCAAGAACCGAUAUGGAGCCGCUUUUGAUUAUCCCAAUUUGUGCUACGCCAAGGAGAUCUAUGACAAUGAAAAGGUCGUUGAGGGAACCCAGGUUUUCUAGUAAUGAACGGAUUUGGAAUGAAUGAUGAUUUAUAAAUAGUAAAAAUAAAUAAUAAAUUAAUAAAUAAAUAAAUAAUAAAUUCAAAUGAA